GACUCGCACCCUCUCCCUUCGGUCUUUGUCGUGACUUGCGCCCUGUACCAUGCGGUGGCCUUGUGGGUCUGAAUAUUAGGAUGCAUACGACCGCCCCAAUUUGAGCUCUCAACCGGGAACCGCCUUUUGCAGGCGAGCGCUUGAUACGAGUUCAAAAUACUACUACUACUGUAUAGUGUAAAAGCCAUGGACGUCUCCGGUCCUGCUUUUCCUGUACGGCAAAAUAAGCUCACUCUGGAAAUCAAGGGUAACAUCACGGAUAUUAUCAUGUGCAGCUAUGAGGAUCACUUUUUUGUUUUGGCUACUCAAAUAGGAAGUAUGGGAACAAUACUGCAUGCCAGGAAGGAGGAAGAGGUGUCUACAGAUCCAACAUUUGAAGUCUCUGUAAUAUUUGGUAAACGUGAUGAGCCAAUGAUGAUAUCCUGUGGUCGGCAGCUAAUUGAGCACAUAAGCCACUCUGGAUCUUCAAAGCCCUUAAUUCUUUCUCUUGGUCUAAAAGACCACUCCAUGGCAACACUCAAAGGCAUUGUUUCUGCUGUGAUUGCUAACUGCCUUUGGUAAUUCUAUUGAUCUUACGGCAAUGACAUUAAUGCUUUCCGAGGGAAUUACAAUGGAAUUAUUCUUUUCAUGCUUCACGUUGUUUCAGCUUUAUGCAAUGCUUCAAUUGUGGUUUGUGCUUUCAGCCCACUCGCCACAGCUAUCUAGUUGAGUGAAAGAUAAAAUUUACCUGUAAUUCUUGCUACUUUACUAGUCAGGUCCACUUGCCACGAGGAUCUAAUGGGUUCCCUUUCCAGUUAAGUUUGUCAAUAUACCUUCACAAAAUUUUGAUGGAA